UGGAAGCGGAGCCCUUGGAGGCCCUGGCGGCUUCCCCGGCGGUCGUUGCUGGCCGCUCUCUUCUUUUUCUCGCUGUCCUCCUCGUUCCUCUACUUCGUCUAUGUGGCGCCCGGCAUUGUGAACACCUACCUCUUCAUGAUGCAAGCCCAAGGUAUCAUGAUUCGUGAAAACAUGAAAACGAUAGGAGCGCAAGUUUAUGAACAGGUGGUCCGUAGUGCCUAUGCCAAGAGGAACAGCACUGGAAAUGACUCUGAUUAUCCUCUUGAUUUGAAUCACAGUGAAAACUUUCUGCAAACAACAACUUUUCUUCCUGAAGAUUUUACUUAUUUUUCAAAUCAUAUUUGCCCUGAGAGGCUUCCUUCUAUGAAGGGUCCAAUUGAUGUAAAUAUGAGUGAAAUCAGUAUGGAUGAGAUCCACCAGUUUUUCUCUCAAGACCCUACUAUCAAAUUAGGAGGCCACUGGAAACCUAGUGACUGCUUGCCUCGCUGGAAAGUGGCUAUUCUUAUCCCAUUCCGCAAUCGUUUUGAACAUUUGCCGGUUCUCUUUAAACAUCUUAUUCCACUGCUGCAACGCCAACGUUUGCAAUUUGCAUUUUAUGUCAUUGAGCAAGCAGGUAAUCAGCCCUUUAAUCGUGCUAUGCUCUUUAAUAUUGGCUUUCGGGAAGCUAUGAAGGACUUUGACUGGGACUGUUUGAUCUUUCAUGAUGUGGACCAUAUACCUGAGAAUGAUCGUAACUAUUAUGGAUGUGGACAGAUGCCAAGACAUUUUGCUACAAAGUUGGAUAAGUACAUGUAUAUCCUUCCAUAUGCUGAAUUUUUUGGUGGAGUGAGUGGCUUGACAGUGAAACAGUUCAAGAAAAUCAAUGGCUUUGCAAAUGCGUUCUGGGGCUGGGGUGGAGAGGAUGACGACCUUUGGAACAGGGUUCACUAUGCAGGCUAUUUGGUUACUCGGCCAGAAGGAGAUACAGGGAGAUACAAGUCAAUUCCCCAUCAUCACAGAGGGGAAGUUCAGUUUUUAGGAAGAUAUGCACUGUUGAGGAAGUCCAAAGAGAGGCAAGAAUUGGAUGGCCUCAAUAAUUUGAACUAUUUUCCAAAUAUUACAUAUGAUUCUUUGUAUAAAAACAUAACUGUCAAUCUAUCACCAGAGCUGGCUCUGGUGAGUGAAUACUAAGAGAAUAUGAGAAGAGAAUGUCAAGAGAUGGUUUUAUAGAUGUCUCCUGGACAAGAAUAAUCUUGUGUCGAAUGAAGGAUCACAGUAUUUUGAAGAAUAAUUUUCAAAACUACGCACAGAGAUCAAUAGACUGUAAGACAUAUUCAUACCGUCAGCGAGUUCAGACUUAACUUGCUUUUUCAUUUCUUUUCGAAAAGAACAAUGGUGUGACCUGCUGCUUUUGUCCCAGCAUUCCAUUUCCUUAAGCAAUUUCCAGUAACAAAUAGAAAUUGAAUGUGCUUUCCUGCUCAUAAAACCAGUUUGGCUUAAAAAGAAAAGAAAAGAAAGAAAAAUCUUGAUUUCUUGACUUAAAGUGCGGGAAGCUAUCCUGUAAGUAACGGGUGUCAAACUCACAGCAUCACAUUGCCAUCACGUGACAUAUUGCGAUGUUUUUUUCCUUUGUGGAGCUGGGGUGGGUGUGGCCUCUCCGUGAGGCAUCCAGCCCGCAGGCCGCCAGUUUGACACCCCUGCAGUAAGCUAUGACCAUUAUUGGAGAUGAACUGCUACCUAACAGUGGCACCAUUUUUUUGCAUUUGUGUUUGCAUUGGUUUUCUAAUUGACUUGCUCAAAGGAAAAAAGAUAUAUAUAUCUAUCUAUAUAUAUAUAUAUAUCUAUAUCUAUAUAUACACACAAUCACUUCUUAAAGAAGUAUAGAUGUAGAUAAGCUGUAUAAAUUGCUUUCCUUUAUUUUUAAAAAAAUGCAGUUCAAAACUGAAGCCGAAGGUUUACAACUUAGCAUAACUCAAGUAAGCCCUCAACUGUGCAAGCACUUCAGUACAUCAGGAUGACAUGCAAGUAAUUCUCUUCAGGGCUAUUUAAGCAGUUAUUGAGAUUGAGACUGUCAGUUGAUAGGUUAUUUUGGAAACAAUACCAGUCUUUAUUGGAAAAGGAGGAAUCCGGCAUUGGGAGAGUGAGUUUUAUUCAUGAAAGUGCAAAGGCCAAUUGUAUUUUGGGGAUUGCAUAGUCUUUCUGGGUGUUUUUUUGUGUGUGUGACCCUGUGCAUUUUGUCCCCGUAUUCCAAACUGACAGCAAAACAUUAGAGAAAAUAUCUCCCUGUUUUAUCUUGGUAAGGAAGGGACAAAAAGUCUCCAGAAAGUUAACCAAGUUUCCACUUUGGUUUGGGUAGAGUUUGCAAAUCAGUCGGUCUUUGGUUGGAAGUCUAUAGUGAUUUCUGUAUCAUUAAUUUCUGGGGGGGGGGGGGGGAGGUAUAAAUAAUAUUUUGAUAUAUUUAUUGUGUAAAUGAAACUGAACUAAUGUAGACUAAAACUGUAGGUUGAAGUUCUUGGGUAUGAUUAUUAACCAGAAAAACAUUGCACAAGUACAAGUACUGGGAUAAAUGUAUCCAGACUCCAACUCUUAAUUAAAAGAAUGAAGGGCAUUGAGAUUAGUUUAAAAAAUAUGUGAAUAUCAGGCAAAAUUGGUUGGUCCAUAAUCUCUAUCUAGUUUUUGUUUUAACCUACCAUAAUAAGUUUGUGCCUUUGUUUUGUUUUGUUUUUCUGGUUUAAAACCAGUCCAUCUCUUUAUAUAGCAUGUACAGACUUUUUUAAACUGGGGUAUUUACUCUGGUAAAACAAAUUGUUCUUUAAUAUAUAUUUAUAGACAGAGUUUAAUGUGAAAAGUACUUUAAUCUCUUUGAUUGCAUUGUUGCCUUCAGUUGCUUUAACUUGUAUAGGGUUGUGGUUUUUUUUAAUUUUGUUUUAUUUUGGGUUUGGUAGAUAUAUGACCCCCCCAUAUAUAGCUGUUGUGGAGGUGAUUAACCAAACCCAUUUUCUUGAAUAUCAAGAGUUAUGAAGGGACGAGUGCUUGUGUAUGAAAGAGAAAGUGUGCAUGUGUGUAUCUUAUCGGCUGGUAUGAAAGGGCAGGAAGUCUGUUCUUGAAUUUGCUGAUAAGUAGACUUUAAAAUGUUUCAUAAUAGUACCUUUAUGGUUGCUGCAGAGGGAAUAACUUACCUUUUAUUCUUUUAAU